AUGAUAGGGAAUAAAGAAGAUGCAUACGAAUGUUUCAACUUGGCCAACAAGUAUAUGAAAGUGGGGAAUUACAGUCAUGCGAAAAAUUUAUUUCUUAAAUCCAAAAGGAUGUUCCCCGAUAUUGACAUUAGUGAAAAAGUAAAAAUAUGUGAAGAGGAAAUAAAAAAAAGGGAAGAUUUGAAUGGAGAAAACCAAGACGGAUACACAAAUAGUAAUAGAAACAACAGUAAUAAUUACAAUACAACAUAUAGACCCAAUCACAACAAUUUACAUGAACGCCAUCAUAAGGCAAAAGAUGAAUGCAUGGAAAAAAUAUUAAGGACAAAUAAUUAUUAUGAAAUUUUGGGUGUUCCAAAAAAUAGUAAUGAUGAAACCAUUAAAAAUGCAUAUAAAAAGUUAGCAAAGUUAUAUCAUCCAGAUAAAAAUAAAGAAAAAGGAGCUGAGGAAGCUUUUAAAAAAGUUUCGAAAGCUUUUCAACAUUUAAUAAAUAAAGAAAAAAGAUAUGAAUAUGACAAUAAUUCCGGGACGGAUCACUUACCACAUCCAACAUAUAGAACUACACAUUAUUAUUAUAAUGAUGAUGCGUUUACACCUGAAGAUAUUUUUCGUAAUUUUUUUGGUAUCAAUUUUGCCACUUGUAAUAAUAGAUCGUUCAGAACCAAUAUCAACACCAAUAGAGCUUACGCAAAUAGUAACAGUAAUGCUAAUGCCAAUAAUCAGCGGAAUUCCUCCUUCAUUCAAAUUGCUAUAUUUUUAAUAAUGUUUGUUAUAUUCUUCUUAUCAAGUCAUUUUGAACAGCCAAAGGCCGUUUACUCUCUCCAAAAAACAAGUUAUUUUGAUACUAUAAAUUACACAUCGUUAAACAAAAUACGGUUUUACACAAAAAGGACAUUUAAUUAUAAUUAUCCGAAAAAUAGCCAUCCGCGUUUUCAAAUCGAAUAUGAAGUUGAAUACAAAUAUUAUGAGCAUGAAUGUCACAUUUUAACAAAGAAAAUAAAAAAUGAUUACUACAGAGAAAAAAACCAAUACCAACAAAAAAUAAAUUACCACGAAAUUCCAGAAAGCUGCAUGAAGUUGAAAACGCUAGAGGAUCAAUACAACAACUACAUCAUGAAGCUAAAAAGGCGAUAA